AUGGACAAAUGGCUCCAAGACGGAAAGCUCUGGCUCUUUGGCAAUACUUUGCCGUUGCUGCCUCGAAGGUCUCGGGCACCGAGUAAAACAAUGGAGAGAUACGAGAGGCUGGGAAGACUUGGUGAAGGUAGCUAUGGAGUGGUGUUCCAGUGCAGAGACAGGCAAACAGGAAGACUGGUAGCUGUUAAGAAGUUUCAACAGACUGAAGACGACCCUCUUAUAAGAAAAAUCGCCCUCAGAGAAAUACGGCUGCUUAAGGUCGGCGAUACUCAGUAUGGAACUCCCGUAGAUGUUUGGGCAAUUGGGUGUGUGUUUGCCGAGUUAAUUCGAGGAGAAGCACUUUGGCCAGGUAAAUCCGACGUUGAUCAACUGUAUUUAAUCAGAAGAACCCUAGGUGAUCUUUUACCUCGCCACAUGAUAAUUUUUCAACAAAAUGAAUUCUUCGCUGGUGUUACUCUGCCCACGCCUCAGUCAGUAAUGCCUCUAGAAGCUGUUCUCCCCAUGACUACUAGUACACCUGUACAAAUUGAUUUUCUGAAAAAAUGCCUAGAAAAAGACCCAGAUCACAGGUGGACUUGUGAUCAAUUAUUACAACAUGAAAGCCGUCCAAAAAGUUCGUCUGUCCAGCAACAUCAAGACUUUGAUCAUUUACCUACUAUUCGUGGAUGUAAUUAG